GGAGCAUACCAUGAAACUGUGAAAACGUACUGAAACGAGCUGGGUGAUCAAUGAUGAAUUGUAAAUUUACAGAGAUAUAGAGCUUGACGUACGUACUAGUCGGAAAGAGAGAACCAUUUGAAAGGACCAAUAUGGCUGCAGAAGAGACCAACAUCAGUACUAGUACUGCUACUGCUUGGCUACUUGAUGAAGUAAACGAUAUUGAAGAAGAUAGAUCAGAAAGCUUUGAUAAUGGUGCUACUGGUAGUUCGAGACCAAAAGAGCCAUGGAAAACAGAGUAUGCAAAGAGCAUUCUGUAUGCUGGUCUCGAUGCCAUUGUCACUUGCUUCUCUCUAAUCUCUUCCAUCUCCGCCAGCCGUCUCACCUCUGCGGAUGUGCUGGUUCUAGGAUUUGCAAAUCUGGUGGCGGAUGGGAUAUCAAUGGGAGUUGGAGAUUUUUUGUCCAGCAGCAUCGAAAAGGAUGUUGCCACGAAAGAAAUGACGGUGACAGAAUGGGAUGUCACAAAUCACGGCGGCCUUGAGAAGAUGGAGUUGCUCCAGAAGUAUCAAGCACUUGGCAUGGACGUUGAUGAUGCCGCCACGGUUGUGAGCAUUUUUGCCAAGUACAAAGACAUCUUGGUCCAGGAGAAGAUGAUGGCUCAUGGAAGGCUACCACCGGAAGAAGCAGAAAAGCCAUGGAAGAAUGGCCUUGUAACAUUCGUCGCCUUCCUUGUGUUUGGCUCUGCUCCUCUCCUCUCAUUCAUCGUCCUCAUCCCAUUUACAAACAAUGACUUGGUUAAGUUUGCUGGUGCUUGUAUCCUUUCCGCAGUUGCGCUUGCUCUUCUUGGGAUUGCAAAGGCCAAGAUUGCAGGCCAGAACUAUGCUUUAUCUGUGGCAGUGACUCUCUUCAAUGGUGCCGCUGCUGCAGCUGCCGCUUAUGUUGUUGGAUGGACGCUGAAGAAUAUAGCUGGCCUAGAAGGUUGAAGACUAGGGCCAACAACAAGAGCUCGGUUCUGCAAUUUUUUUGCCCAUACUAGGGCUACAGAUGUAUGUAUAUGUCGACCCGGACAAUGAAUGUGUGGCUUG